CCCAACUGCCCUCAUGAAGUUCUUCGUGUACGCCAUCGCUGCCACUGUCGCCAUCGCCACAGGCCAAACACUCAAGGGUCAGUCCCCCAUCGACUUGCCUGCCUCUGCCAAACCCGUGGCCAACUCCGGCAACUUCUCGGUCGAGUUCAACACGGCUUCGGCUGUGGUGUCACAUGAGGACCACACCGUCAAGGCCACGUGGUCGGGGGGGCCAGACUCGCACUUGACCCUCAACGGCAAAGUGUACCAGUCGCUGCAACUGCACCCCCACGCCCCCAGCGAACACACCCUCGGGGGCAAGCAGUACCCGUUCGAAGUGCAUUUUGUGCACGCUGACAAGGACAAGAACCUGGCCGUGGUCGGCAUCUUCUUUGACUUGGACCCCCAAGACAAGGCCAACCCGUUCUUGACUCAAUUUUUUAGCCAGUUUGACCAGUUGACCAAGCCUGGCGACAACUUUACGCUGGCGGCGCUCGACCCGUCGAGUCUCCGGGUGAGCAAGAGCAACGUAUUUCGGUACUCUGGCUCGCUCACGACGGAGCCGUUCACGGAAGGUGUCGAGUGGAAUGUGUUGCAAGAAGUGCAGACCCUGUCCAAGGCGCAAUUGAAGCAGUGGUCCAACGUCAUUCACCACCCCAAUUCUCGUGAAAUCCAAGCUCUGAACGGACGCGUGGUGACCUUACUUACCAAGGCCCAUUCAGCAUGUUAGAGAUGUAUUCUACAUACUGUAGUACUAGCGUUUGCCAUCAAAAAUAUAGAUUUUGCUCGUUUCCAG